GACAGCUUGUUACCAACCAAAUAAAUGCAUUGUUGCACAUUUCUUUAAUUUUAUUAAACCGGUUGAAAAUUGCAUCAUUUAAAUAAAUUAAACACCAGUUAACAAAUAAUUUUAAAACCAUAAAUUUAAUCGAUUAAAAUGAGUGGUGACAAUAAGGAAGCUAUUUACACGUCCGAAAAAAAUGGAAACGAUGAAACCGGUGAAGGAACUGAAUCAAAACCAUUCAAAACAAUUCUUCAGGCAAUGCGAAAAGCAGGAGCAGAACCUUUCCCCAUUAUUUAUGUUGACGGCAAAGAGGAGGGUGUGAAAUACGAUGUAGCAGCAAAAUCUCAGUUGAAAAAAAUACAAAAAAUAUGGAUGAGAGAGAAUUACAAGCAGGCUGAUAAAUCCAAAAGGGAGGAAGAUGAUGCAGGAAAAAGGGAGAAAAAUAUGGAUGAAGCAAAGAAAAUUGUCAUCGAAGAGGAUAAAUCAUUGCCGGAAGCAAAAAGGAUAAGAAUUAUUGAGGGUGAAAAAUAUAGAGACCAGCGCGUCAAAAUGUACGGGUGGGCUCACAGGAUCAGGAGGCAGGGAAAAAACUUGAUGUUCCUGACCCUAAGGGACGGCACCGGUUUUCUGCAAUCCGUUUUGAACGACAAACUAUGCCAAACCUACAACGCCUUGAUGCUGUCCACGGAAUCCUCCGUGGUGUUGUACGGAGUCUUGAAAGCUGUGCCCGAAGGAAAAACGGCACCGGGUGGUCACGAGCUCCACGUCGAUUUCUGGGAACUAAUCGGUUUGGCGCCACCUGGCGGCGCCGAUUCCAUACUGAACGAACAGGCGUUGCCAGAUGUACAAGCCGAAAACCGCCAUAUAAUGAUUCGCGGCGAGAAUACGUCGAAAGUUUUGUUGAUGAGGUCGGUUUUGCUGAAGGCUUUCAGGGAUCAUUAUGUGGAUAGAGGUUAUUGUGAAAUAACCCCACCUUCAAUUGUGCAAACACAAGUGGAGGGGGGGUCCACUUUAUUCAAGAUGGACUAUUUUGGAGAAGAAGCCUAUCUCACUCAAAGCUCCCAACUCUACUUGGAAACUUGCCUCCCAUCCAUGGGAGACGUUUACUGUAUUGCUGAAAGUUUCAGGGCUGAACAAAGCCGAACCAGAAGGCAUUUGGCCGAGUAUACGCACGUUGAAGCGGAAUGCCCGUUCAUAACUUUCGACGACCUCCUAAACCGCCUGGAAGAUUUGAUUUGCGACGUUGUCGAUCGCGUUUUGAAGUCCCCGUACGGGCACAUUGUUGCCGAGCUCAACCCCGACUUCAAGGUGCCCGAACGGCCGUUCAUGCGCAUGAAUUACAGCGAUGCCAUUGCUUAUCUCAAGGAGAACGGCAUCACCAAGGAGGACGGAAGUUUCUACGAAUUCGGAGAGGAUAUCCCGGAAAUGCCCGAGAGAAAAAUGACGGACAAAAUCAACAAGCCGAUAAUGCUGUGCAGAUUCCCGGCCAACAUAAAAUCCUUUUACAUGAGCAAAUGUCCGGAGGAUGCCGGACUGACGGAGAGUGUGGAUGUGCUGUUGCCAAAUGUCGGCGAAAUUGUGGGGGGAUCCAUGAGGAUCUGGGAUCUUCAGGAACUUUUGGAAGGGUACAAACGCGAAGGUAUCGACCCAGCCCCGUAUUUCUGGUACACUGAUCAAAGAAAGUACGGUUCUUGUCCACAUGGUGGAUACGGGCUUGGUUUGGAAAGAUUUGUUUGUUGGUUACUAAACAGGUACCACAUCAGAGAAGUUUGCUUGUAUCCCAGAUAUUUGCACCAUUGCAAACCUUAAGGUUAUUUUUAUACGCCCUGUGCAUUUAAAAUGUGGUUUACAAUUAUUUUAACUUAUAAAUCAGCACACUUCAUUAAGAUAAAACGUUUUUUUUAUCUUAUAUUUUAGUGUAUGUAUAACUUAAAUAUUUAAUCAACUUUUUAUUUUGGCAUUAAAAUUAUUUCC